AUGGCCUCCCCAUUGGCAUCCGAGAAACAGCAACAAUCUCCUCGGAGGAGCAUCGACACGUUAUCGGGGAACCGGACGGCGACGGCGACUCCCGACGUCAACGUGGGCAAAGAGUAUGAGAGGAGUAACAUAGUCCACGAUGGAUCCAGCAGAAACGACGACAACGACAACGACAACGGCCUCGCGCCGCAACGGUCCAACGCGUCUUCCGUCUGGGUCGCCGAGACCAUGUCUCUGCCGCGCGAGGUCCUCUUCGUCAUGAUCUGCUGCAUGGCGCAGUUCUGCACGCAGGCCGCGUACAUGGAGACCCUCGUCCUCCUCCACGUCAUCGGCGGCUCCUUCAACGUCGACAGCCCGGCGCGGCUCGCCUGGCUCGUCGCGGGCUACUCGCUGACCGUCGGCACCUUCAUCCUUUUCUCGGGCCGCCUCGGCGACGCCUUCGGCUACAAGCGCAUGCUCAUCAUCGGCUUCGCCUGGUUCUCGCUCUGGUCCCUCGUCGCCGGCCUCAGCGUCUACGCCGACUUCACCCUAGCCGUCUUCUCGCGCGUCCUGCAGGGCAUCGGCCCGGCCAUCUGCCUGCCCAACGCCCUCGCCCUCUUCGGCGCCGCCUACCGCCCGGGACACCGCAAGGCCAUGGUCUUCUCCUUCUUCGGCGCCGUCGCGCCCAUGGGGGGCGUCGUCGGCGCCGCCAUCGCCUCGACCCUCGAGCUGGCGUGGUGGCCGUGGGCGCUGUGGGCGCUGUCCAUCUGGCUCGCCGUCCUGGCCGUCGCCGGCUGGUUCAUCAUCCCGGAGCCCCCGGCCAAGUUGGGCCCCCCCAAAGGGUUCAGGGCCAUGUUCGUCGAGCUCGACAUCCCCGGCGCCGUGACGGGCAUCGUGGCGCUCGUGCUGUUCAACUUCGCCUGGGUCCAGGCGCCCAUCGACGGGUGGAAGACGCCCGUGGUGCUCGUCCCCUUCAUCCUCGGCCUCGCGCUCUUCGGCGUAUUCGCCGCCAUCGAGUUCCGGUUCGCGCCGAUGCCGCUGCUGCCCUUCGAGGUCGUCAACGCCGACGUCGGCUUCGUACUGGCGGCCGUCGUCUGCGGCUGGGCGACGUUCGGCGUGUGGACGCUGUACCUCGUCCAGAUCCUGCAGGAGGUGCGCGCGCUCUCGCCGCUGCUCACCUGCGCCUGGUUCUCGCCCGUCGUCGUGACGGGCGGGCUGGCCGCCGUCAUCACGGGCAAGCUGCUGGGCCCCCUGAAGGUGCGGCCGCCCAUCGUCAUGAGCAUGGCGCUCGUCGCCUUCACCGUCGGCGUCAUCCUUACGGCGACGGCGCCCGAGAACCAGGUCUACUGGGCGCAGAUCUUCGUGUCCAUGCUCAUCAUGCCCUUCGGCAUGGACAUGAGCUUCCCGGCCGCGACGCUGAUCCUCUCCGACGCCGUCAAGAGGGAGCACCAGGGCAUCGGCGCCAGCCUCGUCAACACCGUCGUCAACUACGGCAUCGCCCUCGGCGUCGGGUUCGCCGGCACGGUGGAGGUGCACGUCAACAACGGCGGCCGCACGAAGGAGGACCAGUUCAAGGGCUUCAGGGGCGCGUUGUACAUGGGCGUCGGGCUCGCGGGACUCGGCUUGUGCGUUGCCCUGACCUUCUUGGCGAGAGAAUGGCGGCAUCGAGGGGGUAAGAAGGAGAAUGAGAAGGCUGCCGAAGCCUAA